AUGAGUAGAUUAAAUAAUAAUUUAAAAAUACCUAAAAAGCAUCAGCUAGAUGAGAUUAGUGAUGAUGAUUCAGAUGAAGGUGAUAACAGAAAAAACUUUAAUUUACAAAGAAAGAAAGGGCGUUCAGAAAAUCAACCAACUCAAAAUAUAACGACACCAACACCAGAUAAUAAUGAUGAUAACCAAGAGGGAUAUGUUAAAGGAAGUAUUGUUAGAAUUAAAUUAAAUAAUUUUGUUACAUAUUCUGAUGUCGAGUUUAGACCAGGCCCAAGAUUAAAUGUUGUAAUCGGUCCAAAUGGAUCUGGUAAAAGUUCUAUUGUUUGUGCUAUUGCUCUAGGUUUAGGUGGCAGUCCAAAUUUAUUAGGUAGACAAAAGCAAUUGGGUGAUUUUGUUAAACGUGGUACUAUGUCAGGUUUUGUAGAAAUUGAAUUAUUUAAUCCAGAUGGUGAAAAUUUUAUAAUUAAAAGAGAUCUAAAGAAAGAAGGUAAUUCUGGUGAUUUCAAAUUAAAUGGAAAAAAUAUAACAAAAGCAGAUCUACUAGCGAGAAUUAAAGAGUUAAAUAUUCAAGUCGAAAAUUUAUGUCAAUUUUUACCUCAAGAUAAAGUAGUAGGUUUUGCAAGUAUGUCACCAACCGAGUUAUUAUUAGAAACAGAAAAAGCUAUUGGUGUUGAUAAUAUGUACGAAAAUCACCAAGAGUUAAUUAAAUUAAGAAGUGAUUCAAGUAAAGAUAAUCAAAAUAUUGAUUCACAAAGACAACAAUUAGAAGAAAAAAAGGAUUUAAAUCAACAAUUAGAAAGAGAUGUUGAAAGAUUUAGGGAAAGAGAGAAAAUUUUAGAAGAAAUUGAAUCAUAUAAAAAAAAGAAGGCCUGGGCAAUUUAUGAUAAUUUAAAAAGACAAGCAGAAAACCUUAAAGAAGAAGAAGAACGGGAACAAAAAAAUUUUAAAGAGGCUAGUAACGAAUUAAUACCAUUAAGAGCUUCAAUUAUAGCACAAGAAGAAUCAUUAAAAAAAACAAGAGAAGAGGCAGAAAAACUUGAUAGGAAAAUUCUUUUGUUAAAUAGAGAAGUUGGAGUAUGUUCAGAUGGUGCAGAAAAAGUACAGGUUCAAAUUGAUUCAUUUGUUAAAGAGUUGGAUGGUUUAAACGAACGUCAACAAAAAAGGAAUAGAGAUAUUGAGGCCACCCAGACAUCAAUAACCCAAUUAAAGUCAGAGAUGGAUCAAUUACCACCAGAAGAUCAAGAUAAAGCGCGUAUUGAGCAGAUUAAUAAAGAAAAUCGUGAAAACAAUACAAAAACAAACGAGGUUCAACUUGAACUUCAGCAACUUCAUCAACAAUAUCAACGUGUUCAAAUGGAUUGUCAAAAAAUCGAAAAGGAGAUUGCAAAUUUAAAUGAUGGGCAUCGUCAAAAGUUAGAGAAGCUAAAAUCAGAGGGUGAUGUUUUUCAAGCAUACACUUGGAUUCAAAAUAAUAAAGCAAAGUUUGAAAAGCCAGUUUAUGGACCAGUUUUAAUGGAGAUCAAUGUUGUCAAUCCAGAAUAUGCCAGUUAUUUAGAGACUUCUCUCAGUUGGAAUCUUUUAUCAUCAUUCAUAUUUCAAACACAAAAGGAUAGAGAGCUUUUCCAUUCAUCAUUAACCGAUUCAAAUCGUAAACUUCGUUUAAAUUCAAUUUUAAUUAACAAUAUACCACCAGUUGAUAGAUCGUAUGACAUUGAGGAUUAUCGUCAAUAUGGUGCAGUUGAUUACCUCGAUAAUCUUUACGAAGCCAAUCCAAUUGUUAAGGCCGCUGUGAAUGAUUCUAUCCCAAUUUUUAAGACAUUGGUUUUUAAUAAGAAUGCUAUUGGCAAAGAAGAUAUACUUUUAAAAUCAAUUCUUUCAUUUCAAACACCAGAGUCAAGUUAUCUUACAUCGUUUUCAAGAUAUGGUGAUAAGAAAUCAAUCACUAGGGUUAUUAAAAUAAAAAAAGCACAUUGGUUAACUGGAAUAAAUAAAGCAUUAAAAUUAGAAUUGGAGAAUUCUUAUAAAGAAAUAAGUGCCAAGCGUGAGGAGUUAAAAUCUAAAGGCACAGAGUUAAAGCAAAAAGAAAAAGAAAUUCAAGUUGCUUCAAAAGAACUCCUCGGUGAAAGGGCAGCAUUAAAUUUAAAUAUAGAAAAACGUCGUAAACUUGUUAAUAGGAUUAAUGUCCAAAUAAAUGCAUUAGAAGAUCUAAAGAAUGAAGAGAAUAUAGAAGAAGAAGGAAAAAAAAUUAAAAGUAAAAUUUAUUUGGGUUAUCAAAAAAAGAUUCAAUUGCUCCAAAAGGCCAUUGGUUUUACAGACGAAUUAAACAAAUCUUGUGGCGCUAAAGAUCAUGCAACUAUAUCUAGCAGUAGAUUUGAAGCAAAGCUCCAUUCUGAAAAAGAUCAUCUCGAAAAAGAAACUAUUAGAGUCAAUCAAAUCAAAGAAAGAAUGCAACAAUUAAAUAAGGAUUUCAAAAAUACAUAUAGAGAAUGUCAACUCAAACAUCAAGAGGCUCAGAAAAUUGCUCCAUAUACCCCUGAUUUAAAGACGCAAUUUACCAAACUCAAAGGUUCCUCAUUGGGAGAAAUCGAUGAUGAAAUUAAUGUGCUCGAUGCAAAGGCAAGCUUUAUUGUAUCAAGUAACUCAAGGGUCAUAGAAGAGUACGAGGGUAGAAAGAAAGAAAUUGAAGAGCUUGAAGAAAGACUUUCGAACUAUGAACAAACUGCUGCAAAUAAUAAUACUCGUUUGAUAACAUUGAAAAAGAAAUGGUUGGAACCAAUACAAGAAUAUAUUAACCAGAUCAAUCAACGUUUCUCUCUCUUUUUCUCGGAAAUUGGUUGCGAAGGUAAGGUUAUAUUGGGCAACGAUCCAAAAGAUGAAAACGAUUUCUCUAAAUAUUGUAUCAAUCUUCAAGUUAGAUUCCGUGAUGAAACCUCACUUAAAAAUUUAAAUGCUCAGUUACAAUCUGGUGGCGAACGUUCAGUUAGUACUAUGCUUUUCUUGAUAUCACUUCAAAAUCUUACAAAAUGUCCAUUUAGAGUUGUCGAUGAAAUUAAUCAAGGUAUGGAUCCAAAGAAUGAAAGAAUGGUAUUCGAACAAAUAGUUAAAACAGUCAGCAAACCAGAUUUACCUCAAUACUUUUUAAUUACACCAAAAUUACUUCACAAUUUACCUUAUUCUCGUGAAACUACUGUUCUAUGUGUAUUCACUGGUCCAUGGUUUAUAUCUCAACAAGAAUGGGAUGAAUUUUUAUACUCUUAUUUAAGAGGAGCAAAAAAAAAUAAUAGAACUACAACCACCAUCACAACAACCACAACAUUAAACUCUGAUAGUUCAUCAGAAGAAGAAGAGGAGGAGGAGGAGGAAGAAGAUUAA